AUGCAGUCGGAGGAGAGCCCCGAACUCGCCGAAGCCGCCGCCUCUGGCGCGGCAUCCGCCAUUUUAGCCUCCUCAGCCAGCUACGGAGCCUGCGAGGAGGAUACGGAGGCUGGCGAGAAGAAGGUACGGCACAGGGCCCCAAAGCGAGAGCUUCCAGGCUUGGAAGAGGUUGGAGGCUUCUGUGGUGGUCUGGCACAAGACUACCGUCGAAGAUCGAAAUUCCUGGUGUCUGACUGGACGAGCGAUGCAUUUACUGCCAAGACCAUCUCCUCGGCCUUGUUCAUGUUCUUCGCCACGUUCACAUCCACCUUGGCUCUUGGGGAGCACAUCACGGAGUCCACCAAUGGCUUGAUUGGUCUUAACGAAUACCUCAUGAUGAACAGCCUCGCUGGCAUGGCUCACUCGGUUUUGGGGUGUCAGCCGCUUCUUGUCCUCCGUCCCACAGGGCCCAUCACGCUGCUUUUCGAGAAGCUGCUAGACUUCGCGAACCAGCACUCUUUGCCUUUCUGGCCAUUCUUCGCCUGGACUGGCCUUUUUGUGGGUCUGCUGAUGUUCCUCAUCUCGGCGUUCGAGCUCUGCAAACACGUGAGGCACCUCUCUCUUUUCACGGAGAACAUCUUCGCCACCUUCAUCGGAAUGGUCUACAUCAACGACGGUAUUCAGGGAAUGAUCCGGCUUUGGGGAGAGGGCACGCAGGUCUCCUAUGGCAGUUCGGCUGCAGCGUCGAAGCUGCUCACACUUAACAUGACCAUCGGGUUCACAGCCCUGACUUUGUGGCUAAGCACGCUCCAAUCCUCCAAGCUCCUGACGUUCAAGGGCAGGAUGUUUCUCAAGGAUUAUGCGCUGACCAUCAGCCUGUUUGUGUCCAUCUUCGCAGCGCGAUAUCUGAACCAGGGCCUGUUCCCCGUCACAUUUAUCGACACUAAAACGAGCGGCUUCAACACCACCAGCGACCGACCAUGGAAUACGGACAUCACUGCUAUCUCUGGGAGGGGAGUGCUUUGUGCUGCGCUGGCAGCCUUCCCGGUGGUGGUGUUCUUCUACCUUGACCAAAACAUCUCCAGCAGCCUCUGCCAGAAGCCCGAAAUGAAGCUGAGUAAGGGCAGCUACUACCACUCUUCGUUCGCAUGCAUGGCCUUCUUCAACACUGUCGGGCCGCUCUUCGGGCUGCCCUUCGUGACUGGCUCCUUGCCCCAUUCACCGCAGUUUGUGCUGUCAUUGGCCGAGACCGAUGAGGAGCAUCGCAUCACGAGAGUCCGCGAGAAUCGCUUGGCGCCUCUCCUCUGCUACUUUCUAAUUGGCUUGCCUCUUCUGGCGCCUUCCCUGCUAGAGCAUGUUCCGAAAGCCGCGGUCUUUGGCACCCUGAUCUUUGUUGGAAUCGACGGCAUUCAGAGCACACAGCUAUACGAGCGGGUUUUAUUGAUGGUGACAGACCCGCGCUUCUUUCCCAAGACCGGGCCAUUUGCCAAUGUACCCGUGUCCAGCCUGCACCUCUACACUCUGAUUCAGAUUGCACUAGUCGCCGCAUGCUGGAUGGUGAAUGCCGACUUUGGGCUCUACUUCCCGCUCUUCUUCAUCAGCCUGGUACCCGUGCGCUGGUUCGUGGUGCCGUACUUCUUCACCAAACAGGUCCUCGACGAUUUGGACCAUGGUUUGGACGUAAAGGAGGAAGAUGCCAAAGGUAAAUGUGCCACUUACGGGUGCACGAGCAGCUACAAGCCAGAAUCGCGCUGCCAGUGCAACAGCCAGUGCGUGGACUUUGGCAACUGCUGUGACGACUACGUGGCCACCUGCACCGCGUCCACAACAAGCUCCAGCUCGGAGGCUACUGCACCAGCUACGCCGGCCACAUCGGCUCCAUCUGUCUCACCAGGUCCACCCGAGCGCUCUUCUCGAUACAGGCUGAAGUGGUCCGCACAGGGUGAGAGCUUCUUCGACAACUGGAACUUCCUGUGGGAAGACCACAACCAUGGCUCAGCUCAGUACCUUUUGGAACCAGAGGCAAAGCAAGAAAGCGUCAUUGAGGCCACCCGCAACUUCGCAAUCAUCCGCGCUGGUCGGAGGAGUCCAAAGUACAAGUACAAGCGUAUGACGACCCGAAUGGAAUCCAAGCGAAGCUGGAAGUAUUUCCUGACGCUGAUCAAGUUCUCCCACGUGCCUUAUGGCUGUGGGGUGUGGCCUGCAUUAUUCACGUUGGCACCUAAUGUGCCGUGGCCAAACGGUGGCGAGCUCGACAUCCUGGAAUACGUGAACAUGGAUGUUUCCAAGGCAUCCUUCCACACCGGCGGCGAGUGCAAGCUGAGUGCGGAGAAAGUGAAUAAAUAUGGCCCCAUGCCAGACAGGAACAACAUGGAUUACGACUGCGUCACCGACUAUCCGGACAGGUUGGGCUGUGCUCCGAACAAGUGGAUGAAGUCCGGUACCGAGUGGGCCCACAGCCCAGGCAUCCUGGCGACCCAGUGGACGGAGUCCUUCCUUAAGAUCUUCUAUAUCCCAGAGCACGAGAUUCCGCAGGACAUCCUGGCAGACGACCCAAGCCCAGACAAGACCUGGGAUGAUCGCUGGCUGUUCUCGUAUUACCCCUUCACUGGGACGAAGUGCAUCUUCGAGGAGCAGAAACUGAUGAUGCAGAUCAACUUUUGUGGCGACUGGGCCGGCAAGGUGUGGGGUGCGGACGGCAAUUGCAACUGGCGGGUGCCUAACUGCCGGGCGGUGGAUCCAUUGGCGGAGUAUGCGCCGGACCAGGACUGCUGCACCCAGUGGAUCUGGGACGAAAACGACAGGUUCGGCACGGAGACGUACCUGAAAGAGCGAGCUUUCUUCAACAUUUCUUACAUCAAGGAUAUGCUCAGCAAGGCGAAGGAUAUCCUGGGCUAUGAUCUCCUGCAGCUCUGCUUGGAGGGACCAGAAGACAAGCUGGAAGAGACGAGGUACUGCCAGCCAGCCAUGUUCCUGGCCGGGCUUGCCGCAGUAGAAAAGCUGAAAUCCGACAGCCCAGAGCACGCUGCCAACUUCAAAGCCGCAGCGGGUCUGUCACUAGGUGAGUACACCGCGCUUUGCGUAGCUGGUGCCUUCACCUUCGAGGUCGUUGCUUCUCAUGUCCGUGCUAUUGUGCUGGAGACAUCAGACACGCCGGUAACACCGGGAAAGAGGAUCAAGGGAUUGCUGAGGAGCGACCUCCGGGGCCCGAUUUUCGUGCACAUUCCGAAGACUGCAGGCACUUCCAUUUGGAAAGCUUUGGGCUCGAACUUCACGGAUUCCGGAAGGUAUCCGGAGGUGCCAUUUUUCUGCAUGAAGCACAACCCUCCACAGGAGCACGUCCCAGAUAGCUGGGCCGUCGUGCGAGAUCCUUGCGAUCGGCUCGUUUCGGAGUUUGCCUGGGCGCGGCUGCAGGGUUGGUACAACAGGUACAAGGCCGAUGGCUUGGACUCCCAUGCCACGCCGGACUGUGCUACGUUCAACAAGUGGGUGUCCUUGGUCAUGAAAGCGUAUAAAACCGACUCAGAGGUCGAAGACUGUCAUAUGAUUCCUCAAUGGUGUUACGCCUCCAAGGUGGACAAGCUGGUGCCCAUGGUCGGGGAUUUGGAGCAGAACGUUCGCAAAGUUGACCAGCGCUUGGCAUUUCUCAAGCUGAACAGCACGAAUCACCACUCUCACGUCCUCAAGAAGUACGAUGUCGGCUGUGGUUGCUUGACGCCGGAGAAUCUGAAGGCUGUUCAGGAGCACUUCAUAGAAGACUUCGUUCACUUGAGGAAAGUCCUCGGCACCUCGAAGUAUGCUCCGAAGUCUGCUUCGGAUCCCAGCUUCGUGGUGAAAGACUCGAAAUGCGCAGCUUUCCACCGCAACGGCAAGCAGCUGUGGCCAGUCAGAAAGUAA